AUGAAAAUGAUAUCCUUAAAAUUUCUCUUUAUUAUUGAUAUAUUAGUAACAAUUACAUAUGCACAAUGUCCAAUAGCUGAAGAUCCAAAACAAAUUCUUAAAUGUGUUCAAUAUGUCACAUCAGUACUUUACGGAGCUAUUGCAAAAGAUUUAAAAAUAAUAUGUCAAGCUGCUGCUGAUGUUGCAGAUUGUUUAAGUACAGAAUUGGGUGCAUGUGUUGCAGCAGAGAUUGGUAAAGCAGCACUUAAUGAAGCUAAACGACUUGCUGAAAAUUGUUGUCCAGUUAUAAAUAGUACAACCUGUCCAAUUCAUACGAGUACAGUCAGCGUAGGGCGUUGUUUUGCUGCCGAUUCUCUUGUUACUUUAGUUAAUGGAAAACAAAAACAAAUUAUUGAAUUACAAUCAGGUGAUAAAAUUCUUGCAUAUGAUGAUAAAACAAAUAAAAUGAUUCCUACAAAUGUGCUUACAAUGCUUGAUUAUCAACCUAAUCAAUAUGCUGUAUUUAAACAAUUGACAACAAUUUCUGGUCGACAAUUAUCACUAACUCCGUCUCAUCUUCUUCCAACUGAUAUUCAUGGUUAUAUUAUGGCAAAAAAUAUUCGUAUAGGUAUGAAUAUCUAUAUUAUAAAUGAUGAUGGUGUAUUAAUUACUGAAACUAUUUCGAAUAUGAUCGAUAUUGUUAAACAAGGAUAUAUAGCUCCAUUAACACAACAAGGCACAUUGAUUGUUAAUAAUAUUGCAGCUUCUUGUUAUGCAACAAUCGAUAAUCAUAAUUUAGCUCAUACUAUAUUAGCGCCUAUGCGUUGGUGGUAUGAUUCAUUUGGAGAAAUAAAAGGAUCGAAUAAAAUAAUUGGUAUUCAUUGGUUUCCUAAUAUACUUUAUAAAAUGACAACAUUUUUAAUACCUUCAAUUAUUCAAAACUAA